UCCAGUAGCACCACCGGCGGCUGCUGCAUAAAGACAGACAAAAGAGGGACAGCUAAAUUAAUAAAAAGCAGAGAAAAGUAAAAGCUAAGAUUUGGAUCUCCUAAAAUAUAUAAAGUUAAGACAACUUAGUGUAGUUUUAUAUAUUACACUUUUUACGAGAGGGCCUUUCAUUCAAUACAAAAGAGAAAAUGACGAGUCUGCUGUGCAUCACAAUAUUCUCCCUGACCCUGGCCGGCAGUGCGUUCAGUCUGCCAACAGGCUCUGCAUCCCAACUAACAGUUAAGAUCAUCGCAGACCUAGGUGCCAAUGUCACCCUGCCCUGCAGACUCCUGUCCCAAGAUGCCAUGGCCUUUGGUACCAUUGGUAUGCGUAUCAAAUGGACCAAGGUGGAAAGUGAUGAAGCACUGAAUAAGGAUGUUCUGCUUUCAAUGGGAUUCCACAAGAAAACCUAUGGAGCCUUCGAGAACCGUGUCUUUUUGCAGGAGCUCGACAAUGAAGAUGCCUCCUUGAUAAUAACUGACUUCUCCAGGGAUGACGUAGGAAAGUACCGUUGUGAGAUCAUCAAUGGAGUAGAAGACUCCAUGCAAGAGAUUUCCCUAGAAGUGUUUGGUGGCCUGAUUGACGGUGUUGUGUUCCCGUAUUCCCCACUUGUGGGCCGCUACAAUCUGAACUUCGACGAAGCUGUGCAGGCCUGUCAGGGGCAAAAUGCUUCUGUCGCCACCUUUGAUCAGCUAUUUGAUGCCUGGAAGGGCGGCCUGGACUGGUGCAAUGCUGGUUGGCUCAGUGAUGGCACAGUGCAGUACCCUAUCAACAACCCCAGAGGGCCUUGUGGUGGUACCAACAGCGGGCCAGGCGUUAGAAGCUAUGGCCACCAAGAUAAAGAGAUUGGUCGAUUUGACGUCUUCUGCUUUGCUGGUGCCCUCACGGGACGUCUCUAUUGGCUGGUCCAACCCGACAGGCUGACCUUUGAUGAGGCUGUGCAGGCAUGCGUAGACGAUGGUGCAGAGAUUGCCAAGGUGGGCCACAUGUACUCCGCCUGGAAACUUGAAGACUACGAUCGCUGCGAUGCCGGCUGGUUGGCUGACGGAAGUGUCCGCUACCCCAUUUCCAGACCCCGCAAGAACUGCAGCCCAGAUGAAGCUGCAGUGCGCUAUGUUGGAUUCCCUGAUAAGAUGCAAAAGUCUUAUGGUGUCUACUGCUUCAAGGAUGAGGAGCAGUAAGGCUUUAGCUAGGAAAAGGGAAGUCAUAACCACCAAAGAGCAGCAACAACCACAACAAAUAAAAACAACAACAAAGCAGAUUAGCUUUGGAUCUUACCUAGCAUAAGCUCAAUACCUUUCUGAAGCUGUGAUAACCUUCUUUAACUCCUUAAAAACAAAUACUGUACGUCUUACUUCCAUAUGCAAUGAAUGACAAAAUAUUCUGUAGCCAUUAAAUUUUGUUUUUCUCUACUUUGCAUUCAUUCAUUUUGAACAGACAGUUGUGGGAAACGCAACACUGUUAAUGUAUGAGUGAUGGGAUAGAGACUAAAACUUGAUGGUUGUGAAGCAUUAUCUCAGUUUGGUUUGUCCUCCACAGAAUGACCAGAUGUGUGAAGUUCAAGAAGAGCAUUCAUGCUCAUGUGCAGAUGAAAUUUGCUGCUUUGAAAUGUAUCUUAAGAAAAGACCAAUGUGAUAAGCUAUGCAUUUAUCAAGUGUCACUUCAAUGAAAUACCUAAGAUUGAUUAAAGAAUCAUGAACAAGACUACCACUAUAAAGCGAUUUUAUAUUGCAGUUAGCAUUAAACUGGAUCAUACUCUAAUAAGAGCUAAGCUCUUUUUGCCCUGUUUAGCCCUAGACAAUUUUUCAACCUGAGAAAUGUACUGUUUAACAAGAUGAAUUUAAAUGUCUUGAUGGACUGUGAUCUAUUCUGAAUCUAUAGCUCCAUUUACAACAACUUAAUUACAAAUUGACAGACAAUUGUACUAUUGUAACCAUGCUUGUUUUAACAUUUAUUAUAAAACAAUUUUUAAUAGUUUCUUAUUUGAAAGGUUUGUUUUUGAAAACAGAAAAACAAAUUGUGUCACUUUUUAAAAUACAAACCAGCAACAUUUCAACAAUAGUGAAUGCAGAAUACGUACUGAUAUUCCCCUGAUGCCAUGAACACAACCUUUUAUACCCCUGAUUUUCUCACGUUUGUAGUCAUUCCCUAAGACAAACACUGCAUUUAAUAUCACAGUAGGUAAUACUGAUGGGUCCUCUUACAGUAGUUAAAUGAUUCAUUAAAAGUUGUGCUGCAGUAACUAGGAUCUGAACCUUUCUCUGGUAAUAAAGAACACAACGAGACGAUAGCACCCUUCUUAGGUACAGUUUCAAAAAUGAUUUGAUAUUUUGUGUUUUACUUUUUGUAACCCUGGGCACUGACUUAUGGUACUUACUGCAGGCUACAUGUGGAAAAAAAUGGUGAUUCAUUGUCUGUAAAAGCAAAACUUGUCUCACAUUUGUGCAUUUGUAAACCUUUGUGCAUGAAAAAAGUGAAGGUAUUUUUGUAUGUUAUCACCAUGUACCUUUUUACAACAAAACAGUUCGAAAUAAAGAAUACAACUUUUACGUUAAA